CUGCGUGCGCGUCAGUGAGGGCCGAGAUCAGGCUUAAAGCCACGCACCCACCACCAACCCAGUACGAACAUACACCAUCCUUCUCCCCUCUUCUCUUCUCUUCACGCCUCCCUCCUCUCCUCUUCCCUCUCCGGCGACCUCCUCCUCCGGCGUCCAGCUCGGCCGCAGCGGCGGCGGCGACGACGAAGCCGGCCACACCGCCGCCAUUCUCAUGGCAGACAAGAUCUCCACGGUUGUGCUCAACGUUGACCUCGAAUGCGAUCGAUGCUACAAGAAGAUCAGAAGAGUCCUUUGCAGGAUCCAAGAUAAGGCGAACAUCAAGACGAUCUCGUACGACGAGAAGAACAAUGCGGUGAUGGUGUCGGGGCCGUUCGACGCCGACAAGGUGUGCAAGAAGCUGUGCUGCAAGGCCGGCAGGAUCAUCAAGGACAUGCAGGUCAAGGGCAAGGAGAACAAGGGCGGCAAGGACGCCGCCGGCGACAAGGCGAAGCCGGCGGAGAAGGACGGCGGCGGCGGGAAGGCGGAGAAGAAGGACGCCGCCGGCGGUGACAAGGCGGAGAAGAAGGACGGUGGUGGCAAGCCGGAGAAGGAGGCGGCGAAGGCGGACAAGGCCGCCGCCGCUGCCGCGAAGCCGGAGAAGAAGGUCAAGUUCGACGUCGACGACGCGCCGCCGCCGGCCGCGGCGACGGCGAAGCCCGGCAAGGUGCAGCCCUUCCCGGCCGGCAUGACACAGGCCGACCUCGCCCCGCUCCUCGAGAAGCUCAAGAUCGCCAAGCAGCAGCAGCAGCAGCAGCAGCAGGCCGGCCCCGAACCCCCGCGCGGCGAGCCGAUCGCGCCGCCGAUGAUGAUGCCGGCGGCGCAGGGCGUCGCCGUGCCGUCCAUCUGGCCGGCGCCCGCCGGCUCCCUCUCGUGCUACAGCUACAACCCAGCAGCCUACGACCAGUCGUCAUAUUACGGCGGCGGCGGCUACGGCUACGGCGGCGGCGCGUUCCAGGCGCCCGCCGGGUACUACGGCGUGGCACCGCCGCCGGCGGCGCCCUACGACCACCAGGGAUGGUACUACGGCAACCGGCAGCCGUACUACCACCAGCAGCAAUGCUACGAGGACCCCAACGCCGGCGGGUGCAGCGUCAUGUGAUGGCCAUCUCGCCAUCGCCAUCGCCAUGGACGACGGGAGCAAUCAGUGCGUGUGAUCACUCUCGCUCACACUCACUCAUCACUAGCUCAUGGCCAGUGGUAAAAAAAAAGAAGAAGAAAAUAUUUCUUUUUUUUUUGGGUGUCGCCUUCUUCUUGUUUAUUAUGCCUGUGCCUUUUUUUGUUUAUUUAGGGUGUUGAGUUGUGCAUGUGAACAGUUGAGUUGUGAUGUUCUUGGUGUCUAGUUGGAUCUUCUUCCCUUUAUGACUAUCUGAUAAAUGACAAUGAGAACCAUAAUAUACUAGUAGUAAGCAGUACAUUCAGUUGGA